AAGGCCAAGACGUUGGAUCCGUGGAGCCGGACUGCUUCAGGGCAAGCUGCUCGCUGGGUAAGGACACCCGAGAUGGAUCGAGUGUUCAAUUGAAAGGGGGAAACGCGCGUUGAGGGCCUGAGGCUUACCUCCUCCACACAUGAUCCCCCACACUUCCCCAAGUCCUACCCCGGAUCUACUCACCCGCGAUCGCCCCCUUUUGCCUGGUCCCCAUCGCAAGGCUGGAGCUACUGGAGAGCUUGUGCAGCUGUAGUGGCUCUUGGGAGACCUUAAUUCCGACAAUACGUCGUUUGAGUGCAAAGGGACCCAUUGUGGCCGAGGAGUUCCCGCGUGGAAGCGUGGGCCGAGUUUGAGGGGUCGGAGCUUUUAUACGGGAUGGCUGAUUCUUCUACAUCCUAUACAGCAUCAACUCUGGGAACCCUGAUAGUUCUAUCACGAUCACGAAACAUAGUCAGCCCACCCAAAUCACAUCACUCAAGAUGAAGGCCGGCCAAUAUGACAGUGCGCAAAAGAAGAUUGUCAUAAAAGACAUCCCCAUACCGGAGCCGGCAGAGAACCAGUUCCUCGUCAAGACGCACGCGGCGUCCCUCUGCCACUCUGACCUUCACCUCGAGCUUCGUCCCGAGGGGUCCAUCACCAUCGGCCACGAGGGCGUCGGCUACAUUGAAAAGAUCCACCCGUCCGCCGAGGGCAAGGGCUUCCAGGUCGGCGACCCGAUCGGCUGGGACUACUUUAUCGGCUGCUGCUUCGAGUGCGAUGGCUGCCAGGUGCACAACCUGCGGUGCGAGAGGCAGCAGCCCAUCCUCCAGGGGUUCGUGGCCGACGGCUACUUCCAGGAGUACUGCAUCGUCGACUACCGCAACGCGGUGAUUGUGCCGCCCGAGCUGGACAUGGACCGCAGCGCGCCCCUCUUCUGCGCCGGCAUCACCGCCUACCACGCCGUCGACAGCUGCGAGCUCCAGCCGGGCGAGUGGAUCGCCGUCGUCGGCUGCGGUGGCCUGGGCCAGUACGCGACGCAGUACGCCAAGGCCAUGGGCCUCAAGGUGGUCGGCGUCGACAUUAGCGACGACGUCCUCGAGACCGUGACCGCACUGGGCGCCGACGCCGUCGUCAACUCGCGGACAAACGCCCAGGCGGUCGACGAGGUCAAGAAGAUCACGGGCAAGGGCGCGCACGCGGCGGCCGUCUUCUCGGGCGCCAACGCCGCCUACGCGUCCGCCAUUGAGCUGCUGCGCACCAACGGCUUGCUCAUGGUCAUUGGGAUCGCGGCCAAGGACCUCCAGGUGUCCACCUUUGACCUCACCACCGGCCGGUACCGGAUCAAGGCGGACAGCACCAGCAUCCCGCAGAGGAUGCCCAAGGCGGUCGAGUUCACGGCCAAGCACAAGAUCCAGCCCCAGGUGGAGUUUAGGAAGCUCGAGGAGCUGCCGCAGAUGGUUGAGGACAUGCAGGCCGGCAAGUCCAAGUACAGGCAGGUUGUCAAGUUCCACACAUAGUAGCAUAGCAUGAGGUGAAUAUAGCCUCCUCGAGUCCUUGAACUGGCGCGUGCUCUGCUCCUGUCAUCUGAUGGAGCAUCGUGAUACAUGCAGCAAGGCCGGCUCUCCAGUCGGUGCGCUAGCAUCAGAAGCCAAGAUCAUUCGUAAGCUCAGCUCAC